UCAUACAAGUGCCAACUUGAAGUCUGCUCUUGCACCGAAGACUUUUUAUUAUCAAAUCUCUCUCCAGUCCCAAAAGGUGUUGGAAACAUCUUUCUCAGCCCACAAGUUGCUUGUUUCUUCCUUCUGAGUGAUGGGAAUCCUUGAAGUUUUCGUCGGUGUGUUGUGAUGGGAAUGGGAUAUAUGUAAUUUGAAGUUUUGAUGGACGUAUAAAGCUUGGUGGAAUGACUUGUUUCACUUGUUGUUUUAGGCCGAGAAGCUCUUUCCCCACCAAGCAGACAGUAGAGAUCAAUGCAGAAAUUUCAAGCGUCCAAAAUGCUAAAUUGUAUAGUUACAAAGAGUUACAAAUCGCAACCGAAAAUUUUAGUCCGGCGAAUAAGAUUGGUGAAGGCGGCUUUGGUUCAGUCUACAAGGUAAGUCGUGCAAUUUCUUGGUUCGCCUUGAAUUUUGCAACUUGUUUCGGUGAGGGGAGGCUAAACAACGGCACGUUAAUGGCAAUUAAGGUUCUGUCGGCCCAGUCAGAGCAAGGCGUCCGAGAAUUUUUGAGCGAGAUAGUGGCAAUAUCAGGACUGGAACACGAAAACCUGGUCAAAUUGUACGGUUGCUGCACGGAGAGAGACCAAAGAAUAUUGGUCUAUGGCUAUCUUGAAAAUAACAGCCUUGCUCGAACUCUUCUUGGAGGACGCAACAGUAAUCUCCAAUUUAGCUGGAAAAUAAGGACUAAAAUCUGUAUAGGUGUGGCGCGUGGACUAGCAUUCCUCCAUGAGGAAGUUGAGCCUCAUAUUGUCCACAGAGAUAUUAAAGCGAGCAAUAUUCUUCUUGACAAAGAUUUCACACCAAAGAUCUCAGAUUUUGGUCUCGCGAAGCUUUUCCCAGAGACGAUUACUCAUGUUAGCACGCGCGUCGCGGGAACUUUUGGUUAUUUGGCACCCGAGUAUGCGAUCCGGGGCAAGCUGACGCGGAAAGCAGAUAUAUAUAGUUUUGGUGUUUUACUGCUGGAAAUUGUGAGUGGAAGACCCAACAAAAACAAGAGAUUAUCGGCUGAAGAGCAAAAUCUUCUGGAAAUGGCAUGGACUCUAUACGAGAAAGGCAAGCUUGUCCAAUUGGUGGAUAAUGUGCUAGAUGGGGAUUUUGACACCGAUGAGGCCUCCAGAUACCUGAAAGUAGGGCUUUUAUGCACUCAAGAAUUGCCCAAGAACCGCCCGUCCAUGUCCACCGUUGCAAAGAUGUUGAAAGGCGAGGCCAGUGUUGAUGAGUGGGCCAUAUCAAAACCGGGACUUCUGACGGAUAUAAUGACUCUGAAGAGUUCGAGUAGUGCUCCACAUGCAACGUCGUCGGCAACAUCAAAAACACAAGAUAAGUCCUCGUCGUCUGAAAGCACGAAUACGUCUCAUGCAACUAUGACUUUCUCUUCAAUAUAUGAUCGAAGUUAGCGAGUCAAUUCUUCUAACUACGGGAAUGAAAAAAAAAGGAAAUAAUUUAUUUUCUCGUUCCUGCAAGACUCAGUUGUCUGUUUAGAAUGAGUUCUUGAACUGUGCAUAGAUGCCUUUUUCAUACCACUUAGUAUAGAAAGAACACAAUCCAUUGUUGUCCGCCUGUUCUGUUUUUCAUCGAAAGAAGUUGUCAGCUUUAGACGGAAGUUGUAAAAAGACACGGAGCAAUGUUUUUUUCAUAUGUUGUAAAAGAAGUUUGCCUAAGAUAA